GGAUACUCGAGUAUCCCAGAUGCAGAAAUCACAUUUGCCUUCUUAGAUCCCUUGCGCCAGAAAGAGAAGCCCUUAUGUACGCUCGACCUUGGUGACUCAGUCCCGAUUGACGAGUCCGACAACACCGAGCAGGAAUCGACUCCAUUUGCACGAAUAGGAAUGAAAAAUGCAACUAUAGCCAAAGUUACUCCAAUCACAACUCCAACCGAGAUCCCAACUAUCAAACCGGACGACUCUUCUCUCAUCUCUAUGCGUGCAAUUCACUGUAUAUUAUCUAUGAAAGAAAUCAUCCAUCCAUAG